CUCCCGGCCGGGAUGAGCUCACCGCAGUCGCGCCGGGGCUGAGCGCCGAGCCGGGCGGCGGCGGGGCGGGCGGCGGCUCCUCGGCGGCGGGGCCGGGCCGCGGGCCACCAUGCUGGGCCUGGACGCGUGCGAGCUGGGGGCGCAGCUGCUGGAGCUGCUCCGGCUGGCGCUGUGCGCCCGAGUCCUCCUGACGGACAAGGAGGGGAGACAGCUGCCCCCGGACGAGGCCCUGGAUGAGGCCGUGCCCGAGUACCGGGCCCCGGGGAGGAAGAGCCUGCAGGAGCUCCAGCAGCUGGACCCCGAGGACGAGAGCCUGGCCAAGUACAAGCAGGCGCUGCUGGGGCCGCUGCCCCCCGUCGUGGAUGAGAGCCUGCCCAACGUGCAGGUGACCCGGCUGACACUGAUGUCCGAGCAGGCUCCGGGGCCCAUCACCAUGGACCUCACGGGGGAGCUGGCUGCGCUCCAAGGCCAGGUGUUUGUCCUGAAGGAGGGAGUGGACUACAAAGUGAAGAUCACCUUCAAGGUCAACAGGGAGAUCGUCAGUGGCCUCAAGUGUGUGCACCACACCUACCGCCAGGGCCUGCGCGUGGACAAGGCCGUGUACAUGGUGGGCAGCUACGGCCCGCGCGCCCAGGAGUAUGAGUUUGUGACGCCGGUGGAGGAGGCACCCCGAGGAGCCCUGGUGCGGGGGGCCUACGUAGUCACGUCCUUCUUCACCGAUGACGACAGGACGGACCACCUGUCCUGGGAGUGGGGCCUCCACAUCUGCCAGGACUGGAAGAGCUGAAUGCCUCCACCCAGGGGGCCGUCCUCCCACGGGGUCCUGGCUCCCCCUCGCUCAGUGAUCCCCCCCACCGCCCCGUCCUGGGACGCCCCCCUCCCUGGGCUGCCCCUGUGCCCUGAACGGCCCUAUUAAAGUCGCCUUG